AUGUCCCGAGGAGGGUCGCUCCCGUUGCCAUUGCUCGCCAUGGUGGUAUCUGCCGCCCUGCGCCUCGCCGCCGGCCAACCUACAACCAGCAGUUGGCCUCAAGACUACCCGGGCAUGCCGGGCGGUGACUACAGCGCGUCAUGGCAGGGCUACUUCGAGGUGACGGAACCUCUCCCGAACGUGACCUGGCCUGUUAGCCGCAGCUUCGCCGGCAACAUUGGCGUGCAACGAGAGGGCCACCCGAACAACACACUCUUUUUCUGGGCCUUUGAGAAGACGAAUGGCUCUCUGACUGCUGCUGCAGAAGAGACCGAUGAACCUUGGGGCAUCUGGCUGAACGGCGGGCCAGGAGCGGCCAGUACCCUAGGACUCCUCUACGAGAACGGACCGAUACAUAUAGCUCCCAACUAUUCAGCAUACCAGAAUGAAUAUGGGUGGAACAAUUUAGCAGACUACUUCUGGAUAGACCAGCCUGUAGGAGUGGGUUGGGCUACUGCAGAUGCAGAUGCAUGGGUCACCGAUGAAGAUCAAGUGGCCUCAGACUUCAUGGGAUUCCUCGAUAACCUCGUCAAAGUGUUUCCGAGCCUCAAGACACGUCCUCUUUACCUCACUGGAGAGAGCUACGCGGGGAUGUACAUCCCCUACAUCACGAAGGCAUACUUUGGCAUGGCGAAUCCACCAGUGAACCUUGCCAAGAUUGCAAUUGGAGAUGGCACUGUCGGUUCUGAAGCGGUGUUUGAGCACUUGCCUGUUACAACUGUGCUUCAGACGUACCCUCAACUCAUCGGCUAUGACCCUGAAGUAUUUCAAUGGUUCAGAGAGCAGGAGCACCUCUGUGGCUAUGAUCUCAACCUCACGUACCCGCAAGACGGCAACUUCCCCGACAUCCAGCUCGUCUACCCCAACGACACCGGGCGGGACGAACUCGUCUACGCGAAGAAGAGCGCCUCGCUCUACUCGAAGAAAGAGCUACUCAACGAGGGCAUGCGUCGCUAUGGAAAGGAAAGCCUGCAAGCGCGGGAUCGCCCGAACCGCGUCCGGAGAGAGCUCGCGAAGCGCGACUUGGUCGGGAGAGCGAACGGCACGAUCGACCCGUGGUAUGGGUGCUUCAUAUACGACGAGAUGAUCGACUACGCUCUGAACUACACUUACCCUUGGAGUUAUUACGGCUAUAUCGAUCCUACAACUGAAGAGAUCGAGGGCUUCGACUAUUACAGUAUUCCCGAUGCACUGAACCCGGAGAUACCUCUAGACGGGAGCGUCUUCUUCAACGAUCCUCAGGCUGUUUCGGCUCUUCACGCACCUACGAGUAAGCAAUGGAUCGGUGAACAGGAGUACUAUUUCCUUGGCGGUACUGAGGAGGAUUAUUGGUCAGAUCCGAGCGUAGAACCUAUGGCCUUCCUCACUGAACUGGCGACAAAUGCAUCGGAACGAGGUGUCAAGAUAGUGUUGUACUCCGGAAACGACGAUUCCCUCAUCUCUCAUCGCAGCACUGAAGUUGUUAUCCAGAACACGACAUUCGGCGGCAUCCGAGGAUUCACUCAGCCACCGGCAACGCCCUGGUACGCCGACGAUGGUAGCUUCGCAGGCAUCGUUCACCAAGAGCGAAACUGGACAUAUCUCCUCUUCAAAGACGCAGGCCACCUCGUCGCUCUGGACAAGCCCGCCAACGCGCUCACCUUCCUCCGCGAGUUCAUCCUUGGUAGCAACGACACUGGGCUCGUUGCCACGGAAGACGGGAAGACGGGGGUGAUCGGCGGGGAGGUUUCGUCCCUCGCGGCGGGCGUUCUCCCGGGACAGUCGGGCAUCUUCGUGGGCUCGGGCGCGACGCAGUCGACGUAUACAUUCCCGUCCGCGACGAUCGCUGCUUGGGAGAGCUACAUAGUGACCGCGACGGCUACGCAGGUUGUCACGUCUGAUGCUGCUGCGCGAGCGCGGCCUACGGCUGUCUUGCUGUUUCGUCCGUUCGGUGGGCUUUGA